GUCGCCAAGCAAGAGGAAGGAGCGGAGGAAAAGAGCUCGAGGUGCGACGAGAGGAAAGAGGAGGAGAAAACAAGUUGAGAGCGCGAGGGCAAGAGGAUCAGUGCAAGCAAUGUCCUUCUUCUCCUCCUGAGACGACCUAUCUCCAGCAAGAAGCAUGCAGUCGCAGUCACAUCAAACAACCGGAACUUUUGCAUCUGGGCGCUCUGGUAUCAGCAUGACCCCGAUCUUGAAUCAGAACCACUCCAACAUCUGGCCAAUGCAGCAGGACCAGACCCAGCAAGCAAACAAUCCCAUCAGUUGGUGCAGCAGUGCCAACUCAAUCCAUCCCCAGCUCUCGGGCCUGAUGAACGCUGGCGGUUCAACGAUUCAGCUCAAUAACUUUUCGCUUCACUCAGGACAGAACGCGCUGAAAGAUUACAAGACGGUAGGGCUGAGCCCAACAGGCUCCUCCACCUGUCUAGGACUGCCUUUUGUUCCCAUGUCCAAUGGCUCUAGCCUCCUUGCUACGAACCUCAACGUCAACCAGAGCAGCCCCAAGAAUUCCGCGCAAGCCCUCGUUCAGAACCAGAUCCUGCUCUCCAACAUUGCUGCAUUGAUGAAGCGCGCUCAAGACAAUGUGCAGCUGUCUCCAUCCAACGCAUCCAUCUCCUCGGCGAAAUUCCCCUCCUUACCCAACACCAACUUCGUUCAGCAAGGUGAACAACGUACGAUGGGACUCCCAGUGCCCCCGAGCUCCCAGGCAUGCAACUUCUCAACCAUGGUUGAUGUCAAGCACCAGAUCCCCGCCUCAGCGCCUCUGCAGGGAACUGACGUGAACGGGUACGACAAGAAGAACGAUGCUGCUGGCGACACGAAGAUGGCACGGGCACGGGAGAAGCAAGGGAACAAGUGGCAGAAGGAAGCUGCUUCUCACAGAUCGAGAUCAUUGUCGUUCUCACAUGUCGGGCAAGCUAAUCAGGUCAUCUCUUUCCGAUACUUCCUAGAGGAGGAGCAGAAGAAGGGAGUCCUGAAGCUCGACAUGCUCGCUGGUUCGGAUGUGAAAGCGGAGCCGGGAGAGGAGCCCGGGGAGCGAGAGAACCCUCUUGGGAUCAGAAAGAUGGAAAUCUACGAUGUUGACAGGUGGUGGGAGGACGUCAAAAUGUGGUUCGAGGACGACCCUGAGAAAUUCUGCCUGCGCGCUUUCUUCAUGAUGCUCCGGCGGCUGGGUCUGAAACCCUUCAACAAGGCUCCUGCUCCAGCUAACUCUGGGCUCGACUACGGGCUGAGGAAUCGAACGGCUCGGCGCCAUGGAUAUCAGUACGACCCUGAGGUGUACGAGCGAUACUGUCAAAGCCGUAAGGCGAUCCUCAAGAGACGGCAAGCUGCGCUUGAGAAGCCUGUCAAGUCAGAAGGUUGCUCUUCUGACAACUCCUGAACAUUGGAAUGAAGCUAGGAAGUGUACCAUGUGAUCUUGUAAAUUUUGUUGAGUUGUAAAGGAGAAGCUUUAAACUCCC